GUUGCUUUGUUAUUAUUUUGUGAGUAAUGACUUCGAUUGUACUCCGUACAGAGAGUAGUUUUAGUUAAAGCUGGCUGCAAUAUGUCAAUAAAUAACCGCCAAUGAUAACUAAGUUACUAGCCUAGCGCGGGCGGCGUGCGGAGAGAGAAGAGAGCUUUGAGCAUCAUCAUCGACCUUCAUCACCACCACCACCACCCUUUUUUUUUCAAAAAAAGAAAAAAAAACAAAUACUUUCAUUCCCUCUCUAUCUCUGUAUAAAUAAAUUUCAUUUCUCUUAUUUUAAUUCUCUAUCUACCGUCUCUAUUCAACCAGUUAAUAAGUUAAUUCCCCAAUUACCUCGACGAAUCCAUCGGAAGACAUCCCGACAUCGCAUACCCCCGGGGAUAUCACCAACGGUUCUCACUCCGCCAUAUAUAUACUACUAUAGAUAUAACCUACCUAACCUACGUAAACGAGUAUACGCCUGAUACCAUAUCCUACAGCGUGGGAACCGGAUCCCGCCCCACCCAAGAAAAAAAAACCAAAACCCCCCGAUGGAAAAUGUAACACCACCACGACCACCACAUCCUCCACCAUCACAACCACAACCACCUCAUCCCGCCCCAGCAAGCCCGAAAGAACCCAGACACCCACCCACAUCUCCAAGACGCACCCGCGCAUCAACUAGUCCCGGCCCACGCCCAGUCACUACCACCACCACCACACCCAGCGGCGGGAGUCCCAGCGGACAUAAACGCACCAUAUCCAGGUCGCUCUUUUCGCGCCUCUCGUUGGCGCGCGGUGUGAACCCCGGUAGUGGUAGUGGUAGUCUUAGCAGUCCUGAGAGCCCUAGUAGUAGCGGAAUCGGAACCGGCACGGAUACCGAUGCAGAAGAAGUGUAUGCGCAACAUGGGCAGGAUAUUGACAGAGGAGACAGGGCAAUAGGGGGAAUAGCGGCGGCCGCCAAGGGCGUUGGUAUUAUUACUGGUGGAAAUGCAAUGGCCAGUGCGCUGCAGCAGCGGCAGCAGCAGCAGCAGCGCAAGACGCGGAGGCGGAAGGGGUCGUUGAGGAAGACGGCGUUGUUGGGGACGGGGCCAUUGAGGUCUGAUGGGAGGAGGGAGAGGGAGAGGGGGGUUAGUUCUUCGCUGGCUUCUUCGCCGCUUUCGUCUCCUUCAGGGGUUACGAAGGAGGGGGUCGUGGAUACAUAUGCGGAGCGGAAGGGUGGGUUGGACAGUGAUCAUACGGGUGGUAAUACUACGCCUGAUAAAAAUGAUAAUGAUACUACAAAUGGUGCCGGCGAUGGAGGGGGAUUACUGCGCUUUCCGCCGUUACCUCCUUCCUCCCCAGACGGGGAUGGGGAGGAAGUCUUGACACCGCGACGGGGAAGUCAUAACCAACUAACCACGCUGCCUCCGUCUCUGUCUGCGGCGCCGAACCAUCCUCCAGCCCCUUCUCAUCCUCCGCCGCCGAUUCCGCCGCCGCCGCCAUCUCGGACCUGGGUUACCCAGAGAUCUUCUCCUUCAAACACCCCGCAGCAGCAGCAGCAGCACCACCACCGCCAAGAGCAGUCAUCCCAGGAACAGGAACAGCUGCAAUCAAAUAACCCUACCCAUCCUGACAACGACAACCGCAACGACGAACCCGAACUCCUCUCCUUUCCCUCCAACCCCCGUCAAACACAAACUUCAACCCCGCUUACCCGCCUUGCCAGCAACGCCAGCACCACCACCACAACGUCCACCAUCUCCAUAACAUCAACAACCAGCAGCAGCAGCAGCGGCGGUAAGAGCAACAACAACAACAGCAACAGCAACAGCAAUGGUAGCGGUCUCGGCCCAGGUACAGACACACGACACACCACCACCACUACUACCUCGCGCCGCGUCCUCCCUUUCACAAUCUCCAACCCCUUUUCAAGCUCCGACUCCUACUUCCCCCCCGUUUCCCAAACAGCCACAAACAUGCCCUUCACCGGCCUCCGCUCCAUCUCCCACCGCGUAAAAUCCCCCCUAUCAUUAUCAGGCGCCGAGCCAGCUGCCAUCGAAACCCCCGCCGCACCCCCAUCCACAACAACCACAGCAUCCCCCUCCGUAUCCGGCGUCUCAGGGGUAUCGGUAUCCGAUGACUUCCCUAACGCCACCGCCGCAGGCGCCAACACCACCGCUACCACCUCUCCUACCGCCGCAGCCGCAGCCGCAGCCGUAGCCGCCGCCGCCGCCGCCAGUAGCUCCGCCCUCGAAGAAGCCUGGGACUACGCUGAGACGGAGUGGUGGGGGUGGAUAAUCCUCCUGGUAACCUGGCUGGUCUUCGUGGUGGGCAUGGGCAGCUGUCUGGGGGUGUGGAGCUGGGCGUGGGAUGUGGGAGAGACGCCGUACGCGCCACCGGAGCUGGAGGAUGAUCCGACGCUGCCGAUUGUGGGGUAUUAUCCUGCGCUUAUUAUCUGCACGGCAGUGAUGGCGUGGGUGUGGGUUGUUGUGGCGUGGGUGGGGAUGAAGUAUUUUCGGCAUGCGAAUAUUUCGGGGGAGGAUACUUAGUGGUUACUUGUAUUUCUUGCUUUUUUCCCUUCUAGAUAUAUUGUUUUGUUUCAUCGGUGUUGAGGUGGGGGUUUAUGGGUUUUGUAUGAUAUGUUUUGUUUAUAUUAUUCAAAGGGCUUGGGUAUAUAAACCCGUUACAUGUUACCACGGCAUGUGGGAACUUCAUGUCUACAUACCGUUACUUUGGGGGCGUUUGCCUUUUAACUUCCUUCGAAGAAAUAUAUAACUCUAACUAACAAGGGGGUAUAUUGAAUCGCGUAUCCCGGAAUGCUAUUCUAAAAAAGAUUAACUGACUCUGGCUGACUGCCUGUUGUUUUUGGGCCGAAAAGGGGGAUAAAAAUGAGGGUUUGGAGGUUGGAUGAUAAUCAAUAACAAAACCAUAAAGAUAAGGCGUAACGUAGCGUAACCAAAAAAAGGGGAAAAACUAACUCCUCGCCGCUACCAUAUAUUUAUCCUUGUUGAUCCAUCCUAUCAAUAUCAAUUCCUUUCACCUGUGGCACCCACCACCCUCUUGAUAGACGCCGAUUUCUUUUUUUAUCCCAAAUCAACAUAAUGAAACCCUGAUUGUUUAACAGGCCAUCAAAUCCUGACACCGACCAGGAAAAAAAAAAAAAAAAAAAAAAAAAAAAAACCUGUCGUUAAAAUGGGUUUUCCCCCUUCCCCCGGGGAAACCAUCCAAGGCCAAAAAAACCUACGCAAAAAGAGUCCCCAAUGUAUCUAUCCAACAGCAGGAACCAUAAGAGAGCGAAAAAUCACACCCGAAGCUGCACACGUCGUAUCUCCCGCUCCAAUUCAUCUAGCCCUGGUCCGCCAUUGUUACCCUGCUUCUUCACCCGGGGGGCUAAACCGGGGGUAUCAGCAGCCGUGAACGGUUCUGAGAUGGAUGGCGGAUUGUUGUUGUUGUUGUUGGUGGUGGUGGUGGUGGUGGAGUCAUUCGUGUUAGUAUUAUCUAGGGAGACGGUGGUGCCGGGGGCUUUGCUGACGAGGCCCUUGGAGACGGCGAAGCCGGCAGAGCGGUCGUGGUUUGGGUCGUCGUCGUAGAACUCGUCGAUGAUGGGGUGGAUGAGGACGGUUUGUUUGUGGAUUGUGAGCAUGGAGUUGGUGGGGACGGUUACCCAGUUAUCUAGAUGGGAUUUUAGCAACACACGUACGGAUUUUUUUUUGAUUUUUUUUUUUUUUUUGGGGGGGGGGGGAAGAGAUUGUAGCGUAAAAAGGCAUAAAAGAAGAAAAUACAAAAGGGGAGUGAGAGAGAGACUAAAAAACCACUCACGUCUUUCAAACGUCAACGGCUCACUGGCCACCAGCACAAUAUCCGCCCCCUUGUCAUGCCUCUCCAUCUUAAAAUGCCCCUUCGUCUUCCCCUCUUUCCACUUCGUCCCGGACGAAAAAUACAAACUCGCAGCCUCAUCCGUCUUACUACUCACAUACCGCGUGCAUACAACCGUGUGCCCAUCCGUGACCGCAAAGUUCAGCAAACUCCUCGUCUCCAAACCCGUAACCCCAUAACCAGCCGGGAUCGCUGCAAUCAGCUCGUUGAUCCUACUGAUCGUCUUGCCCAUGAUCUCUCGCAGCAGCGCAUGGCCAAAGCCACCCUCCGGCGCCGAGCUAGGAUCAACCCCGCCCUCCCGCUCCAUCAGAUCCAGAAACAGCGCAAACGCCCACUCGCUAUCCGUCCCACCCUUGACGCCUAGAUACCACUUGUCCGCCAG